UGUACAACUGCGUUUUUAUACGAAUGUCUUCAAUAUUAAGGAUGUUCUGAAAAAGAAGCCAUCAGACAAUUUUUUUUCUUUUUAACAUCAUAUUGUCGAAAAAUUUAAAAUAGGGAGUGAAAUACCAUCAAAAUCACUCAAAAAAAACAUCAAUAAAUAAAUAAUAAAAAAAUUUGAACAUAGGAAUAUAUACGCCACAGUAAUUAGUAAAAUAAAAAUGGCUGAAAAUGCACCAGACCAUGAGGCUCAAAUGGGCCCAACUCAAGUAAAUCAUGAUGAUCAACCUAAGGAGGUAAUAGCUACUAAAAUAUGUGGAAACGUUAAAUGGUUUAAUGUUAAAAGCGGUUACGGAUUUAUAAAUCGUAAUGAUACAAAAGAAGAUAUAUUUGUUCACCAAACGGCUAUUAUCAAAAAUAAUCCGAAAAAGGCAGUUCGUUCGGUAGGCGAUGGUGAGGCAGUAGAAUUUGACGUAGUUGUUGGAAAACAAGGAUAUGAGGCUGCAAAUGUAACAGGUCCAAAUGGAGAAAAUGUAAAAGGUAGUCAAUUUGCUGCUGAUAAACAUCGGUUCCGCCGUUCGUUUAAAAAAGGUCGCGGUCGAUCAAGUGUUCAGAGGGGAGGAGGUGGCAGUGGGAGUCAAUCGGGUAAUGAAGGUCCAGAUGGUUCAGGUUACGAUGGUCAACAAAGGGGGCCAUUAAGACAACGUGGAAGUAAUCGUGGUGGUUUUGGAAGAGGUUUUGGAAGAGGUCGCGGUAGGGGUGGUGGACGCGGUAGAGGUUUUGGUUUAGGUUAUAAAAAUUUUGGAAGACGUAUGGAAAGAUCUGAGAAUAAUGAUGGGAGUAUGAAUGGUGGACAACAACCGCCCCCGCAACAAAAUAGUGGUCCACCAAGGCAACGUGGUGGUAAUGGACAACGUGGAGGAGGUCCACGACGCUUUUUCCCAAGAAAUAAUAAUUUUAGACAAAAUAGUGGGGGAGGAUUUCAACAAGCAGGUGGUCCAUCUCCACAAUCAAGAGGUGGUCCUCCAAGGGGAAGAGGUGGUGGAGGAUUCAGAAGGAAUUUUAGAAGACGAGGAGGCCCAAGAAGAAGUGGACCACAGAAUGUAGGUCCAAAUCAACAGUAAAUGAUUAAAUUUAAUGGAAAAAACAACAAACAUUUCGAAAAAUAUAUUAAAAUUCAUUUCGUCUAUCUUUUCAUGUAACAUGGAAGUGUACGAUAAAAUACUUCUACCCACCUUACAAUUUUUUUGUUUCGUUUUUUUUUUUUUUUAGUUUACAAAAGCGAUUUUAUCCUAACAAAUUUUAUUAUUCUAAUUUUCACUUAUUUGUAACCUUAGAGCAAAAAUAGGAGAACAUUUAAGCUUAUAUGAAAUAGAUUUUAAAAAUAAAGAAUACCAUUUUUAAAUCUCUUAUUUUUGUAUACUUUAUUAUAUACAUAUGAAACUAGCGUUGCAUAAUAUAUAUUUAUACGAAAAUAAAAUAAA